UUUCAGGAGGACGUCCCAAUAAUUCAGCAUGUCUGAUGUGGAAGGAGACGUUAGCGUUCCGGUGGCCGGAGGCCCCAUGGACUUGAACACCGCUGUCCAGGAAGUACUCAAGCAGGCCCUCAUGGCAGGUGGUCUGGCUCGGGGACUCCACGAGGCUGUUAAGGCUCUUGACAAGCGCCAGGCAUACCUGUGCCUUCUGGCCAACAACUGCGAUGAGCCAGGAUACUCCAAGCUUGUGGAGGCCCUUUGCCAGGAGCACCAGAUCAAGCUCCUCAAGCUGGACUCAAACAAGAAGCUGGGUGAAUGGGCUGGCCUCUGCAAGAUUGACAGGGAAGGGAAGGCCCGCAAGGUUGUUGGCUGCUCCUGUGUUGUUGUCACAGAUUAUGGCAAGGAGACCCAGGCUCAUGAUGUUGUGAAUGAUUACUUCAAGAGCAAGGGGCAAUAAUGAAAGGCUACACAACUUUCAGAUGCACAGCUGAGGAAUCACCCAGUGCUCAAGACCAGCCAUGAGGUCCUGCUGUGCUUCAAAGGCCCCAAAUAAAUAAAAAGUACAAAAAAACUGACAA